AGCAGGCAAGCAGACCAAAAUCUUGUCCUGAUGGUGAGAUCUCAUCUCACCCCACCACCACCAGGGUCCAGACUUGUUCGCCGGCAGCCAAACUACCACCACGCCCGUACCCACACCCGCCUCACCUGACCAGACCAUUCUCUCCUUGCUUCCUCCCCUGCAUUUGCAGCGUCGCACAGCGAGAUCGAUGGAUCUGCACUACGGCGGCCGGGUCGGGGAGGCGGUGGCCGUCGGCGAGGCGGCCUACAUUGCCGGCGCCGGCGCCGGGUCGGGCGUGGUGGACGUGGUCACCCGCGAGUCGGCGGCACAGGCGCUCGGCACCGUGGUGCAGCUCCACUUCGACAAGACGGUCGAGAAGAAGCGCGCCGCCGACGCCCAGAAGCAGGAGCUCUGGCGCCUCUUCCUCGCCUUCUUCCUCUUCCUCGCGCUCGUCCUCUCCGCCGUCGCCGGCUCCCCGCCCGCGCGCCUCCAGUGCCGCCACCUCUGGGCGCCCGCCGGGCUGCUCUCGCUCGCGCAUCUCGCCUUCUACGCCGCCGUCGCGCACCACCUCCGCUGCCUCAACGGCUUCCGCUACCAGCGCCGAUGCCACAAGCUCACCCUCGCGCUGGCAGCCGACAGGCUCAGGAUGCUCAAGUCCGGCGGGGAGCUCGUGCCCGCCGCCGACGUCGAGGUGCCCUACCAGGAGCCGCCCGAGAGCUACCUGGCAAAGUUCAAGCGCAGCUGGGCCAUCCACUUCGCCUUCCUCAUCGCCACCUUCGCCUUCUCCGUCGCCGCAUCCGUCGCCAUCCUCUGCUUCUAGAUGCUGCUCUUUCUGUUUAGUUACCCUAGUGGUUUAAUUUAGCUGCCGUCAGCUCGGAUCUCCAUGAGGUGACUGACAACCCCUUGAGAUUAUCACUUCACUGCCGCCUGUAUCGUACUGCCGUGUAUGUAGUGGGCAGGAGCUGGACUAGCCGUGCCGUUGUUAAGAUAAUUCCAUGUACCAUUCUCGAUUAGUAAGAUGAUGCUGUUCAGUGUACACUUCA